CGACCAUCGUUACCACCGUGUCCUGGUCAACCUAUCUCCAGGAGGGGGCCUUGAAAGCCACUGAAAGCUAUUACAACAAACUAGUCGACUCACAACAUAACCACUCUGCAAUAUGGAUACUACAGUAGAUCUUGGCAGACGCAUUGUCCAGAUGUUCUGGGAUCCCGAACCAACCAAUGAUGUUAUCCGCGACCAACCGGUCUGGUGUCUUGGAUCUUCCUACAAGCUCAACAACAGCCCAAGUCCUAAACCCGACCCUUCUUCUACCUCCGCUCCAGCUCCAGCUCCAGCUCCGACUCCAGCUUCCGCUUCCGCUUCCGAGCCACCUACCAAAGAUCCCAUCCAAGCUCCCGCCAGGCUACCCGAGACCCCUCCUGAUUCAACCUCUAGCAGCUUUGACUCGUCCUUAGCCUAUGACGAGGCACCUCUAGAUGGCGGUUGGCCUCCUGCCUUUCUCGAUGAUUUCGAAUCCAGAAUAUGGAUGACUUAUCGAUCAGAAUUCGACCCCAUUGCCAAGUCGCAAGACCCAAAGGCACUCUCUGCCUUAUCCUUUUCCAUGCGUCUCAAAAGUCAAUUGAGUGACCAAACUGGCUUUGCCUCGGAUAGUGGGUGGGGAUGUAUGAUAAGAUCUGGCCAGAGCUUGUUGGCCAAUGCCAUGCUCGUACACCGUCUCGGUCGAGGAUGGAGAAGGAGUACGCCGGACCUGGGGGAGAAGAAGAUCCUAUCACUAUUUGCCGACGACCCACGAGCUCCGUAUUCGAUACACAACUUCGUUCGCCAUGGCGCCGCCGCGUGCGGGAAAUAUCCUGGCGAAUGGUUUGGUCCUUCAGCAACGGCGAGGUGUAUCCAAGCCUUGACAAAUUCGACUGAACCUACGCUGCGCGUCUACUCUACCGGGGAUGGCCCGGAUGUCUAUGAGGACAACUUCAUGAAAAUCGCGAACCCUGACAACACCACAUUUCACCCGACCGUGUUACUAGUUGGCACGCGACUCGGCAUCGACAAGAUCACCCCAGUAUAUUGGGAAGCUCUUACGGCAUCUUUGCAGAUGCCGCAGUCGAUUGGCAUUGCUGGUGGACGCCCGUCAUCCUCGCACUAUUUCAUCGGUGUCCAAGGCCUUCACUUCUUUUAUUUGGAUCCUCACUACACGCGACCCGCAUUGCCCUAUCACGAAGAACCCGAGGAGUAUACCGAAGAAGAGGUUGAUACUUGUCAUACAAGAAAACUCCGACGACUCCAUGUCAAGGAAAUGGAUCCUAGCAUGCUUAUCGGCUUUCUGAUUCGAGAUGAGGAAGACUGGAGGGAUUGGCGGAGGAGCGUCAAACACGUCCAGGGUAAAGCCAUCAUUCACGUGUCAGACCACGACCCAACCGCACAUAUGCACGAGUCUGGGGGGCCCAUUGACGAGGUUCAGACUUUGAGCGAUGACGAUGACGAGGAGGUUGACGUAGCGGAAGAAUAAGCCGGGUUCAGGCGCAAUGUUUCUCGGUUUGGUGUAUCAGGGAAUACCACUAGGUAAUAGUCAGGCGUUAAGCGUGGAUCAGGGGGAUUAUGAACUAUCAUUGGUGAUGUAAAUAUCAUGAACACUUACCACGGGAAUUUGGCAAGCAACGGCAGGUUACCGCCCCAGAAGUAGCCCACUUCGGCUCUGGGGUCGUUGCAAAACGGAAACCAUCGAGUAACACGUUCUUGUCGCCAAGCCAUUAGAUA